CUAUACCUGGCUACACCGGCGCGUAGUCGGUGGUCAUUCUCCAAAGACAACACGAUGGCCGACUUUGCCCCGGAGCAACUGGAAGCGUGCUUGCUGCAGCUGACGGCCAGCAACACGGCGACGAUCAAGGAAGCCGAGGCCAUCAUCAAGGCGUACCUCAAGACGCCCAGUUCGGUCACCGGCCUCGUCCUGCAGAUCCAAGGCUCGGCCCACGUCGCCGUGCGCCAGCUGGCCGCGAUCCUCUUGCGCCUCAAGGUCUCCAAGCACUGGGCCAAGCUCGACGAUGCGACCCAGAACGGCAUCAAGCAGACGCUUCUGACGCGCAUCAUGGAAGAGUCCGAGUCGGUCGUCAAGUCGGCGGUCGCGCGCCUCAUUGCGCAGCUCGCCCGCGACCUCGUGCCCCGCAACGAGUGGCCUGACCUUUUCGCCUGCAUCGAAGCGUGUGCCUCGAACGCCAACGCGUCGGCCCGCGCGCUCGCGAUGCUCCUGCUCUCCAAGCUCAACGAGACGAUCGGCGAGCACCUGUUGCAGCACUUUUCGACGCUCAAGCGCCUCUUCCUUGGCGCGCUCCAGGAUGCCGAGAUCAAGGUCCGCAUCGAAGCCAUGCACGCUGCGUGCGGCCUCGUCGAGUUCCUCGAGAAGAAGCAGGCCAUCGAGUUUCAGCAGCUCAUUGAGCCGAUGCUCCAGGUGCUCCAGGCGUGCAUUGCCUCGAACGCCGAGCUCGAAGCGUGCGAGUUUAUGGACGUCUUCUCGGAGCUCGCCAAGUCGCCGUUCCCGAUGCUCACGAAGGCCCUGCCCCACCUUGUGACGCUCCUUCUCAACAUCUUCGUCGCGGACGGUCUCGAGCCCAGCACGCGCGCGGCGGCGUCGAGUGCGCUCAACGCCAUCAUCGAGGCCAAGCCCAAGGCGCUCGCCAAGGCCAACCUCGUGCCGCAGAUCUUUACGACCAUGCUCAAGCUCAUUGCGUCCGACUCGCACUCGGCGAGCGGCAUGUUUGCGACGCUCCUCCAGGAGGACGGCGAGGACGACGACGACGAGGACGAGCCCAUCACGCAGCUUGCGCAGCGUACGCUCGACUUCCUCGCCCUCGACGUCUCGCCUAAGACGAUCAACCCGAUCGUGCUCCAGUGCACGCAGGAGUGCGUCCGGUCCGCCGACCCCAACAUGCAAAAGGCCGGCGUCCUCGCGCUUGGUGUUGUCUCGGAAGGCUGCUCGGAGUUUCUCUCGACGAACGUCAAGAGCAUCCUCCCGUUCAUCUACGAAGCCGCGGCCUCGCCGCACGCGGCGGUCCGCGAAGCCGCGUGCUUUUCGCUCGGCCAGUUUUGCGAGUACCUCCAGCCCGUCAUCCAGAACCACCACGCUGAGAUCGUCCCGGUCGCGCUGGCGCUCCUCGACGACCCGUCGCUGCCCGUGAAGGCCACGUCGUGCUACGUGCUCGAGGUCUUUACCGAGUCGAUGGAGCCGAGCGAGAUCUCGCCGUUCCUUGCGGCGCUCGUCGAGAAGCUCGUGGGUCUCAUCCGCGCGCAGAAGCCGUCGAUCCAGAAGCUUGCGAUCUCGGCGCUUGGGUCGGCCUCGGUCGGUGCCAAGGCCGAGUUUGCGCCGUACUUCCAGGGCGUCUGCGAGCUCCUCCAGCCGUUCCUCGGCAUCACGGACCCCAAGUUUUACUCGCUCCGUGGCACGGCCAUCGAGUGCCUCGGCUACCUCGUCGUGGCCAUGGGCGCCGAGCGCUUUGGCGCGACGCUGCAGUCGAUCAUGCCGUACGUCUUCCAGACGAUCGCGCUCAACGACGUGGAGCUCACGGAGCUCAGCCUCGGCUUCAUCAUCAACACGUCCAACAUUUACAAGAAGGAGUUCCUUCCGUACGUCGAGACGUGCGUGCAGGCGAUCUUGCCGUGCCUCCAGCCCGAAGACGGCAUCACGAUCGUCGGCGACGACGAGAAUGGUGUCGCCCAGGGCUUCGAGUCGGACGACGACGACGACGACGACGACGGCAAGUGCACGCUCAGCAUCCGCACGGCGACGCUUGAGAUGAAGUGCCGCGCGGUCGAGUGCAUUGAAGCGCUCGCGUCCAACAUUGGCGGCGCCUUCGACGUCUUCGUGCCCAAGCUCCUCGAGGGCUUGAGCCUCCUCGUCGACUACAUCCACGAAGACGUGCGUGGUGCGGUCGCCGAGGCCUGCGCCGCGCUCAUUGUGUGCUCGUUCUACGCGGCGACGCCGGCGGCCGAAGAGAACCAGGUGUGGGUCCAAGGCCAGGUCGACGCGAGUCUUCUGCACCCGCGCACGAAGGAGCUCCUCGACAAGCUCACGCAGGACGUCUUCCUCGAGUUCCUCGAAGACCCCGAGAAGAUUGUCGUCGAGCGCACGCUUACGGCGCUCACGACCUUGUCGGCGACGAUCGGUCCGAUCGUGACGGCGCCGUACUUUGAGCAGCUGCUCACGAUCGCGCAGGCGAUGACGCACGCGCACAUUUGCCAGGACGGGUACGACGAAGCCUCGGAGCACGACGAAGACGAAGACGACGAGGACCUCGAGGGCGGCAGCGUCCUCGACAACCUCACGGAGCUCCUCGGCUCGAUGGCCAAGUGCUUUGGCCCGGCGUUCGACCAGCUCUGGUCGCAGCUCUUCCCGUUCGCGGUGCAGUACGCCAACGGCCCGCACCCGGACAAGGACCGCGCCGCGAUCCUUGGCUGCUUUGGCGAGGUCCUCCCCGAAGUGCAGAACCUCUCGUACGUCCCGACGGUCCUCCCGCUCAUGCUCAAGGCGUGCGCCGGCGAGAACACGUCGGUGCAGCGCAACGCAGCGUUUGCGCUUGGCAUGCUCGUCAAGAUGUCGGGCGCGUCGCUGGCGCCGCAGUACCUCCAGGUCCUCCAGGCGCUCCACCCGCUCUUUGCCAGCGAAGAAGAAGGCGUUGUUGACAACGCGGCGUCGGCUGUCGCCAAGAUGAUCAUGACGCACCCGGACAGCGUGCCCCUCGACGCGGUCAUGCCCGUCUUCCUCAAGGCGCUGCCGCUCAAGGCCGACUUUACCGAAACCGAGUCGGUCUUUACGUGCCUGCUUGGCCUGCUCCAGGCGCAGAACCCCGUCGUGCUCAACGCGAUGCCGCAGGUGGCCGCCAUCUUUGCGCAGUCGCUCUCGGAAGACUCGGACGUCGACGACGACGUCCAGGUCAAGAUCCGCGCCUGCGUGCAGUGGCUCGUCGCGACCUUCCCGGACCAGAUGAAGGCGAUCGUCGGUGCCAUGGACCCGGCGGCCCAGGCCAUCCUCUCGACCUGCGUCUAAACACAUUGGAAAAGGGUCGCGUGGCUGUAUUUAGAUUUUGUUAAUAUAUUGUCUAUACGCUUGGCACAAUCAUCACCC